GUGUUGUCGGAAAUCGUUCGACAGUCGACGAUUUUCACAUGUCGAACGUCGGUGGCGUUUCUUUCCCACAUUUUUCUGGGCGCUGGUGAAACUCUGUGCCGCUCGAAGGGGGAUAAAAAUGGGCAAGGACGACGCCGAGACUAUAGCCCUGAAGAAAGAACUGGAGGAUCUCAUCAACAAGUGCAAGGAAGAACAAAAGAAGCAACAGGAUACAACGUUGGAGCAAGUGUGCAGCGGGGUGGCGGAUGCUUCGAAAGUUAGACUGUCGACCAAGAAGAUGCUGAAGGGGCACAUUAAUAAGGUCAACUCGGUACACUACAGUGGCGACAGUCGACACUGCGUGACCGGAUCGUUGGACGGGAAGCUAAUCAUCUGGGACACGUGGACCGGCAACAAGGUGCAGGUGAUCCCGUUGCGCUCGGCCUGGGUGAUGUCGGUGGCUUUCGCGCCGUCCGGCAACUUCGUCGCGUGCGGCGGCAUGGACAACAUGUGCACCGUCUACGACGUGAACAAUCGCGACGCCACGGGCUCCGCCAAGAUCGUGAGGGAGCUUCUGGGCUACGAGGGUUUUCUGUCGUCCUGCAGAUUCCUCGACGACAAGAACAUCAUCACCGGCUCCGGCGACAUGAAAAU